CACACCCAGUCGCGGAGAGAGAGGUGGAAAAACAGUCCUCUUUGAUCCCAGAAAGAAGCUUCUUCAAUUCCCUCCACCUCCUCCUCCUCCUCAUUCUUCUUCUUGUUCUUGUUGUUCUUCUUCUUUUGAAUUAUAUUAUACAAAUAUUCAAACAUAUAAAUAGAUAUAUUUGUAUUCCAAUCAUUGAUUUCAUGCAAAAUGUCUCUGAACAUGAAAACCCUCACCCAAGCGCUAGCGAAGACCGCUGCAGUAAUCGAGAAGACCGUACAGACCACCGUGCAGGAGGUCACGGGACCCAAGCCCCUCCAGGACUACGACCUCCUCGACCAGAUCGGCUCGGCGGGUCCGGGCCUCGCCUGGAGGCUGUACUCAGCGAAGGCGCGUGACUCCACGCGGCCCCAACAGUACCCCUCCGUCUGCGUCUGGGUCCUGGACAAGAGGGCGCUCUCCGAGGUACGCGCGCGCAUGGGCCUGUCCAAGGCGGCCGAGGACGGGUUCUUUGACCUGGUUAGGGCCGAUGCCGCGAGGCUGGUGAGGCUGAGGCACCCCGGGGUGUUGCACGUGGUGCAGGCCCUGGACGAGAGCAAGAAUGCCAUGGCCAUGGUGACGGAGCCGCUUUUUGCGUCGGUGGCCAACGCGCUGGGGAAUGUCGAGAAUGUGCUUAAAGUUCCCAAGGAGCUUAAAGGGAUGGAAAUGGGUUUGUUGGAGGUUAAGCAUGGUUUGCUCCAGAUGGCAGAAUCCUUGGACUUUCUCCAUAACAACGCACGGCUUAUUCAUCGGGCUAUAUCACCUGAGAAUGUCCUUAUUACUUCAAGUGGAGCUUGGAAGCUCGGUGGAUUUGGUUUUGCAAUCUCGACAGAUCAGAUCUCAGGCGAUAUGGCCAAUGUUCAGACUUUCCAUUAUGCUGAAUAUGAUGUUGAAGAUUCUGUACUCCCCCUUCAGCCAUCACUGAAUUACACUGCUCCUGAACUAGUUCGGAGCAAAGCAUCUUCUACUGGACGUUCUUCUGAUAUUUUCAGUUUUGGUUGCCUCGCCUACCACUUGAUAGCUCGCAAGCCUUUGUUCGAUUGCCACAACAAUGUGAAGAUGUACACGAAUACCUUGACUUACUUAUCCAAUGAAGCUUUCUCCUCCAUUCCUCCUGAGUUGGUUCCUGAUUUGCAACGAAUGCUUUCUGUAAAUGAGUCUUUCAGGCCAUCAGCGAUGGAUUUUACAGGUUCUCCAUUUUUCAGGAAUGACACUAGGUUGCGUGCUCUACGCUUCCUGGACCACAUGCUUGAAAGAGAUAACAUGCAGAAGUCUGAAUUCUUGAAAGCAUUAUCGGAUAUGUGGAAAGAUUUUGACUCCCGUGUAUUGCGGUAUAAGGUACUUCCUCCUCUUUGUGCAGAACUUCGGAAUUUGGUAAUGCAACCAAUGAUUCUGCCUAUGGUUCUCGCGAUAGCAGAGUCUCAGGAUAAAAAUGAUUUUGAGCUAUCAACACUACCAGCUCUUGUUCCUGUACUGAGCACUGCUGCAGGCGAGACACUAUUGCUGAUUGUGAAGCAUGCAGACCUUAUAAUCAACAAGACUAGUCAGGAGCACUUAAUAUCACAUGUCCUGCCUAUGAUUGUUCGGGCUUAUGAUGAUAACGAUGCUCGAAUCCAAGAAGAAGUUUUGAAAAAAUCUGUAUCCCUUGCUAAGCAACUGGAUCCACAGCUAGCGAAACAAGCAAUUUUGCCUCGUGUUCAUGGCUUAGCCCUUAAAACGACAGUUGCUGCGGUGCGAGUCAAUGCUUUGUUAUGCUUAGGAGAUUUAGUUACCACACUGGAUAAACAUGCUGUUUUGGAAAUCUUGCAAACAAUUCAACGUUGUACAGCUGUUGACCAUUCUGCUCCUACCCUUAUGUGUACCCUUGGUGUUGCAAACUCAAUACUUAAGCAGUAUGGAGUAGAAUUUGUUGCAGAGCAUGUCCUUCCACUACUCAUGCCUCUUCUUACGGCUCAACAGUUAAAUGUACAGCAGUUUGCUAAAUAUAUGCUCUUUGUCAAGGAUAUUCUCAGGAAGAUAGAAGAAAAACGGGGAGUAACUGUGACUGACUCUGAAGUGAAACCAUCUCCUUCUGUUAAUGGGCUUACUUCCCAAGCCCCGAGCAAAAUAAGUGGAACUGUCAAGUCUACAACCAAGAGCAGCCCGGCAUGGGAUGAAGAUUGGGGUCCAUCCGCAAAGGGAACUGCAACUUCCCUCCAAAAUUCUAGAAACAAUAUUCCCUCCAUUCAUACUGAUCUAGGUUUUCAACCAAUUCAAGUAAAUUCAGUGCAAUCACAAUUCUCGACGACACCUGCAGUAUCUAGUCAGCAAACAGCUUUGUCAUGUCCUCCAGUUGAUAUUGAGUGGCCUCCUCGGGCAUCUACUGAGGUUACCCCCAAGUUAGGAGACUCUGAGAUGCAAUUGAAUGCAGGAACUUCGUCCACUUCAAGUUUCGAUGAUAUAUUUGCUGAUUGGCCUCCACGGUCUACUGGCUCCGUAAGUGGAGCUAAACCCACCAACAAUGGUACGAUAGGACAGCCCAAUAACAAAAAUGGGUCUUAUCCAAUAUCGAGUACACCCAACAGUAUGAGCUUCCAAAUGAACAGCAAUAACAGUUGGGCCUUUGACACACUCAAUUCUGUUGAGCCAGUACGACAAAAUCAACUGAAUUUAACACAGACUGCAGGUAGUCUGGGAAGUGGGGGUCUUAUCGCCCAAAGUUCUAUUGGAUUUCUGAAACAGAGUCAGGGUAUACCAGCUUCAAGUACUUACACAGAUAAGAAAUCAACAGAUCUUGGAUCCAUAUUUGCUUCCAGCAAGAAUGAGCCAUCUGCGCUUAGACUUGCUCCGCCUCCAUCAACUGCCGUUGGUAGAGGAAGAGGAAGAGGAAGGGCGGCCUCUUCAGCCUCUCGGGCUAGUCAUGCCAAAUCGCAAACUGAACAGCCACCCCUUUUGGAUUUGCUAUGAUAAGUGGAGUUGUACUUCAUUAUAUUUUAAGAAGAUAAAGUGCAAAGAAAGAAGAGAUUGUGGAUCAGUCCUUGUAGAUCAGCCAAUAUUCCAUGCUGUGAGACAGAUUUUGUAAAGUGUGUGCGUCAGUCCGUAAAAACACGGCGGGCAAGUUUCGCAGCUCUCCGGGAUGGCAAGGUUUGUUAUGUAAUUGUUUGUUGUGCUUGGCUUGUAGGUUAUUGUUUAUUGCAAGUUUUGCAGCUCUCUGGGAUCGCAGCUCUUCAUAAUUUUUCUUUUUUCUUUUUGUAUCAUUUAGAUGUUGAAAAUAUACUUCAGGAUAGUGUAUUCUUCGAAAGAGUCCCAGCUUCAAUUACUGGGUUUGGAAAUAAUAAAGAAAGUUGAAGCUUUA